GGAGGGCUCAGCUGAGCGAGUCCUUUUUCCCUAGCGAAACUGUUUGCCUUGGGAGCAAGGUGUUCGAGAGAGCCAGAGCCUGCACUACGCUCCCCAGGAAGCUGUGCGCGCGGGCCGGUCACGUGACGGGAGCGCGGGCUUUGGAAGGCGGCGGAGUGAGGGUCUACCCGCGACAAGAGCUGAGGAGAGCGGAGCUUAGGACUGCCCUGGGCAAGACCAGGCGAAGCGCUACCUGCCCAGGCCUCGCGCCGCAAAGGCCAGUCAUCCCUCCUCCAAAUUGCCAUGGGAAUUCAAGGCCUGGCCAAACUGAUUGCCGAUGUGGCCCCCAGUGCCAUCCGGGAGAAUGACAUCAAGAGCUACUUUGGCCGCAAGGUGGCCAUUGAUGCCUCCAUGAGCAUUUAUCAGUUCCUGAUCGCGGUUCGCCAGGGUGGGGAAGUGCUGCAGAACGAGGAAGGUGAGACCACCAGCCACCUGAUGGGCAUGUUCUACCGCACCAUCCGCAUGAUGGAGAACGGCAUUAAGCCUGUGUAUGUCUUUGACGGCAAGCCACCACAGCUCAAGUCAGGAGAGCUGGCCAAACGCAGUGAGCGGCGGGCAGAGGCGGAGAAGCAGCUGCAGCAGGCUCAGGCUGCCGGAGCUGAGGAGGAGGUGGAAAAAUUCACCAAGCGGCUGGUGAAGGUCACCAAACAGCACAAUGACGAGUGCAAACAUCUGCUGAGCCUCAUGGGCAUCCCAUACCUCGAUGCACCCAGUGAGGCAGAGGCCAGCUGUGCAGCCCUGGUGAAGGCUGGCAAAGUCUAUGCUGCAGCCACGGAGGACAUGGACUGCCUCACCUUCGGCAGCCCUGUGCUAAUGCGGCACCUGACUGCCAGUGAGGCCAAGAAGCUGCCCAUCCAGGAGUUCCACCUGAGCCGGAUUCUGCAGGAGCUGGGCCUGAACCAGGAGCAGUUUGUGGAUCUGUGCAUCCUGCUGGGCAGUGACUACUGUGAGAGCAUCCGGGGCAUCGGGCCCAAGCGAGCUGUGGACCUCAUCCAGAAACACAAGAGCAUCGAGGAGAUCGUGCGGCGGCUCGACCCCAAUAAGUACGCUGUGCCAGAAAAUUGGCUCCACAAGGAGGCCCAGCAGCUCUUCUUGGAGCCUGAGGUGCUGGACCCAGAGUCUGUAGAGCUGAAGUGGAGUGAGCCAAACGAAGAAGAGCUGGUCAAGUUCAUGUGUGGGGAGAAGCAGUUCUCCGAGGAGCGGAUCCGCAGUGGAGUCAGGCGGCUGAGCAAGAGCCGCCAAGGCAGCACCCAGGGCCGCCUGGACGAUUUCUUCAAGGUGACCGGCUCACUCUCUUCAGCUAAGCGCAAGGAGCCAGAACCCAAAGGAUCCGCUAAGAAGAAGGCAAAGACUGGGGCAGCAGGGAAGUUCAAACGGGGAAAAUAAAGGUGUUUCCCUUCAUCGGAUCUCCUUGACCCCAGAAUAUCUGCCUUGUACCCUCAAGAGCUGCAGCUAGAAGAAUCUCCAUGGGGGUGGGGAGGGGAUUCCAUUACUUUCCUAGUUCUGUGCUUCUCAGUAGCUUUUCCCCCCUUUUUUUUUUCCUUUCCCCACUUGAUCUCUUGGCAGAAAGACAUAAAGGUGUUUGUUUUCUUUUUUAGCUCAGGAAAGUGAGUCAGGCUCAAACCACUUCUCAGGCAGUUUAAUGGACACUGGACCCAUUGUUAUAUGAAAGUGAUAGCAACAAAUUUGGAGAAGGAAGAGGGAGAUAAAUGAUGGAGAUGAAAGACUGUGUGGAAAUGGAUUCCUGGCUGGCCAACUGAUGGCCUGUGGGAGGUGACGGAACCAGACUGCUCUCUAGGUCAGCCUUGACCUACCCUGAAAGCCAUCAGGAAGACCCAGUCUUUGCAGGUGGUAAGAGCGCCCGACAGGCAAGCAGGAGGGUUUGGUUACUGGCUUUGUCUUGAGGUGGGCAGAAACUUGAACUUGCUAUGUAAUUUGAAUCUUUACAGUGGUUAUUUGGAGGAGUAAGGUGAUAAUGUUCUUAUGGCCUUUCUGAGGCAGUCAACUGAAUUGCGACGUUGGGAUAAGACACUGGUUUCUGUGUCCUGUUUUUGUGUUAAAGAGAGAAAAAAAAUCAAUAAAAUGAAAGAAGCCAGAACAUUCUUUGAGAACAUUUGAAAAGAGCCCUAGUGCUCUUUUUUGAAGGUAAUCAUGCUGGAAUUGUGCUCUGGCACAUGGUUUGAGUGUGGCCACAAGAUGGCGCCACACCCCAUAAAAUGGCCCCAGUGGCUGUGGGAGAACUUCAGUCCUUUGGGGGAUGUUGGCUGGGAGAGGAAUUUUAAUGAAUUGAUUGUUAGUCCUUUAUCUACUUUGUGUGAGAUAAAAGGACUCUGGAGAAUCCUCAUAGUUUAGAUCAACUAGCUCACCCAGAUAUCUGCUUUGCCAGUUUGUAAAUUGAAGUUGCCAUUCCAAAACCACUUGCCUAUUUCUUUAGUGACAUCAAAUACAGGUUGAUGUUUCUCAAAGAGAUGCAUGUUUUUGAACUUCAGAGGGUUUAUAAUCCUGACAAAGCUUGGUGGGAGCUAGCCCAUCUGAGUUUUUGAUUUGUCAUUCCUAUUUCCGCCAGUAGAACCAGGAUACUUCUCUGGAAGUUUCAGUUGACAGUGUCUCGGGAAGGUAAACAGGUAGAAGACCAAAGACCAGUGGUUUCUAAAUCAUUUAAUGGAGCAAACUUUUUCCUCAAGUGAAACUUGGGUUGAAGAUUGACUCUAGGUUGAAGUAGGUGGGAUACAGUCUCCCCAGCAGUGGCUUUGAAACCGGGGAAACUGCUGCUGGUGUAAACAUACUCUUUCCUGUGGCUGGUGUUGUGGUACAGUGGGGUAAGCCACUGCCUGCCAUGGCAGCAACCCAUGUGAACGCCAGUUUGAGCCCCAGCUGCUCCUCUUCUGAUCUAGCUCCCUGCUGAUGCAUCUGGGAAAAAGCAGAAGAUGGACCAAGUACUUGGGCCCUGCUACCCAUGUGGAGAACCUGGAAAGGAGGUCCAAUCUCCUGGCUUCAGCCUGGCCAAGUCCUGGCUGUUGUAGCCAUUUGGGAAGUGAACCAGCUGAUGAGAGAGCUCUGUCUCUCCUUCUGUGUCACUCUUUUAAAAAAGAAUUCUGGGGCAGGUGUUGUGGUAUAGCAGGUAAAGCUGCUGCCUCUGACACCAGCAUCCCCAUAUGGGCACUGGUUUGUAUCCUGGCUUCACUUCUGAUCCAGCUUCCUGCUAAUGGUCAAGGAGAAAGCAGCAGCAGAUGGCCCAAGUGUUUGCACUCCCGCAACCCAGGUGGGAGACCUGGAUAAAGCUGGCUCUGGCCCAGCACUGGCCAUUACGGCCAUCUGGGAAUGAACCAGCAGAUGAAAAGGUCUCUUUGUAACUUUUAAUUUUUUUAAAAUUUUAUUUAUUUGAGAGGUAGUUACGGAUAGUGAGAGGAAGAGAGAAAGGUCUGCCUUCUGUUGGUUCACUUCCCCAAAUAGCCGCAAUGGUUGGAGCUGUGCUGAUCUGAAGCCAGGAGCUUCUUCCUGGUCUCCCACAUGGGUGCAGGAGCCCAAGGACUUGGGUCAUCUACUGCUAUCCCAGGCCAUAGCAGAGAGCUGGAUGGGAAGAAGAAUAGCCAGGACUAGAACUGGUGCCCAUAUGGGAUGCCAGCGCCACAGGUGGAGGAUUAACCUACUGCACCACAGUGCUGGUCCCCCUUUUAAGAUUUUAUUUAUUUAUUUGAGAGGUACAGGUAGUGAGAGGAAGAGACGAGAGAAAGGUCUUUCUAACUUUCAAGGUAAAUUAAAAAAAAAAAAAAAUUCUUUCCCGAGGGCAGUGAACUUUGUUUCACUUACUGCUCUACUCCCGCAGUUGAUGAAUGAAGCACAUUUUUCUAGACUGAACCAAGCCACACAGCUUAUUUGAGUCCCAUUUUCUGGUUCAGGUAAUUUGAUUUUAAACCUACAGUAAUGGUGAUAGAGCCUGAGGCAGUAAGACUUCAGGAGUUACUGCUCUUGCGUAGUCACUCUAAUUAUGGGCUUGUACUGUAGAAGCGUGUAGUUUGCUUUGUGCAAUUGGAUUGCAAGGUCUUUUCUACAAGUUUAUUAAUUUGCAUGAGCACACAGCAGGAAGUCACUUCUGCCUGCAAAUAGUCUAAUGGUUUUGUCCAGGGGAGGUAUAGUAGGAUAGAGGCUUAUAGCCCUUACGGCAUUGAGCCUGCAGAGAAAACUCAAAAUGGAAAAGGCAAAAGUCUGAGGACACUUGAUUACCUCAGGAGCAGGACACCAUGUACUGGAACCCAGCAGGUGUAUUUAGGCGGUCUAGCCUUUGAUUAGACAGGUACUGUUGGGAGGACUGGGCUGUGCUCUGCCUUGCCCUGGGGUUUCCUGGAGGGUCCCAAGGCUUCUUCCUCAGUCCAAGGGGCUUACCCAAAAGGGUAUCUGCAGUGAUUCAUGUUCAGAAGGAAGUACAGAGGUGAACAGUAACUUGUAGCAGAGGCACCAGGGAAUCCUGUGUGCACGUGGGCAAACAUUACCAACAAAUA